AUGCAAAAUCAGAGAUGGAGAAAUCACAGCUUUGUAACUGAGUUUAUCCUCUUGGGCUUCUCCAGAAAUCCCAGGACUAAUUGGAUUCUUUUCUUCCUCUUUCUUUUCCUCUACUUAUUUACAGUUAUGGGUAAUGGGCUCAUUGUUACCCUGAUCAAAGUAGAUGUGCAUCUCCAUACACCCAUGUACUUCUUCCUCAGUACCCUCUCUCUAUUGGACCUCAGCUAUGCCACCACUACUGUGCCCCAGAUGUUGGUCCAUCUAGUGAGCAAGCAUAAGGCCAUCUCUUACGUUGGGUGUGUGGUUCAGAUGUACAUUUUCCUGACCCUGGGCAUCACUGAAACCUGGAUAUUUGCAGCUAUGGCCUAUGACAGAUAUGUUGCCAUAUGCUCUCCUCUCCACUAUGGGGUCCAGAUGAGUCAAACUCUAUGUGUCCUUCUGGUAGUCAGCUCUGCACUUUGUGGUCUCAUCUGUGCCUUCAUCUACACAGUCUUUGCAAUGAGUCUUCCCUACUGUGGUCCCAAUGAGAUCAAUCACUUCUUUUGUGAAAUUCCUGCUGUCUUAAAGCUGGCCUGCGCAGACACAUCCCUCAAUGACCAAGUGGAUUUUAUUUUGGGUUUCAUCUUGCUUCUAAUCCCAUUGUUCCUCAUUCUAGCCUCAUAUAUUCGUAUCUUCAUAGCUAUUUUAAGAAUUCGUUCCACCCAAGGACGGAUUAAGGCCUUCUCCACCUGUACGUCACACAUCACUGUGGUUACCAUGUUUUGUAUCCCAUGUAUGGUCAUGUACAUGAGGCCUGGCUCUGAAGCCUCCCCAGAAGAUGACAAAAAGUUGGCCUUGUUCUACAAUGUCAUCUCUGCAUUUCUUAAUCCUAUUAUAUACAGCCUGCGGAACAAGGAUGUGAAGAGGGCUUUCCUCAAGUUAGUUGGAAGGAGUGAGGACACUCAGUAA